GUGUAGUGAUCAGGACAAGGCGCGGACGCUGCGUGGCGAACUGGCUCCUACAACAUCGAGUGGUUUGUGAACGGUCUGAGCGACUCGGUGUGGCGGUGCUGGUUUCGACUGACGGUCUAUCAUUACAUUAGGCUUGCCGCACCCGAAGACGAGAAGCCCUCGGUGAAUCCAGCUGGCAGUGUGCUGAAACAAACAAGUAAUAGUUAGCUAAAUAUUUUGCGAGCGACAGGCAGCUGUAGUUCCACAAUGUCUUCCUCGCUGGAGCUACACGAAGCGCAUGGCUGUGCGAUGCGGGGAGAGCUCUACGAGCGGCAGCAGUGCAGCGUCGGCAGCGCUGGCUUGGCGGAGACGACCAAUAGCGAAGGCAGCGGCAGCGCCAAUACUCGCCACUCAGUACUACUGGAGCGCAGCGCUAGCGGGCCUUCAUCGCCGCAACGCAAUAGCGACGCCGAAAUGGUAUUUCCGAAAUCUUCUGAGGGUCUCAACGCUGGACUUGGAACGGAUAAUAAUGAAGACAGCAGCACCAGCGCAGCAGCGCUGAAGCCACGUGGCUGGCGUAGGAUAUUUCCAAAUCGUUUUCGCUCUGGACGUCGGAAACCAGACGCCAGCAGUAGUAUUGGCUCUGCCAGUAUGACAAAGGCCAAGGCGACGGCAGCAUCAGCAUCAGCGCCAGCAUCAGUUGGUAGUAGUGCUAGUAGUAGUAGCAGUGGACAGCAGCAGGUGGAUGGAGUGGCCACGACGAGCAGCAACAGCAGCAACAGCAGCAAAGGUCGCUGGUCGCUGGGGGGCACUGGGGGUCGCCGUAGCAGACGCUGGUGGCAAAACGCGGCGGGUAGCAUGGGAGCUGCUGUUGCCGUGGCACCGGCUCUCAAUCACGUCCAGCUAUCCACCUCUACUCCCCAACAGCAGCAGCAGCAGCAGCGAAGACGGCAGUUUUCGACGUCGUCGGUGGAUAUCGAUUUCAACACUGCGACGCCUUGCAGCGGCGACGACGAGCUGAACGCGAGCGAGCGCACUUGCCCCGUAUGCUACGAGCUGCUUGCGGCGGAGGAAUUCCCGACCAUGACACUGGCGUGUACACAUCGCACGUGUCGCUCGUGUAUUGAGAUGUACUUCAAGCAGGAGAUUAUGGAGUCCAGAACAGGAUUGAAGUGUCCGCAGUGUGAAAACGAGUACGCAGCUCACGACAUCACCAGAAUCCUGUCGCAAAGCGAGAGUCCUGAGCUUGUGGACAGAUACCUUGAGUUUACGCUGCGUCGCUCUCUGGUCAGCGUACCAGAUAUGCGCUGGUGUCCAGCUCCGGAUUGUGGCUACGGUGUGAUCGCUAGCAACUGUGCAAGCUGUCCAAAGUUGACGUGCAAGCGACCGGAGUGCGGAACGGAGUUUUGCUACCAUUGCCAAACGGAGUGGCAUCCCCACGAAACAUGCGGUGAUGCGUACCGUCGUCGUAUGACCGAGAACCCCACCAGCAUGUUUACCAUCGACCUGACGGCCGCCGAUGACGAGAGCACAGGUGGGGCGCAGGCUGGCGGAGCAGGGGGAGGACGUGGCAGGAGGAAGGCGCACGGCGAUAAAGAGCAACUAGUGGUGCUAAAACCAUGCCCUCGUUGUCGCAGCAAGAUCAUGAAAGCCAACGACGGCUCUUGUAAUCACAUUACCUGCUCCGUGUGUGGCUGUGAUUUCUGCUGGCUGUGUCUGCGGGAGAUUGAUGACCUGCACUUUCUGAGUCCGUCCGGCUGUACUUUCUGGGGCAAGAGCACGUGGAGCAGAAAGCGCACCAUCGUCACCCAGCUGCUGGCCAUCCUCGGAGCGCCGCUUGGCUUUGCCGGCGUUGUCAUAGUGAUACCGCCGCUCGUCUUCAUCGGCCUACCGGCUUACUUCGUCGACUAUGCGAACAAGCAGACGUACAAGUCGUCUGUGCACAAGUUUCUGGCAGUGUCCGGCUCCCUACUGGGCGGUGUCCUCCUGGCACCCGUCAUCACCGCACUGAGCCUUCUGAUAUUCCUUCCGCUUACCAUCUUCUUCGCCUACGCUGUCAUACCGUACGAGAUGUUUAAGCAGAUCUUCCCCUGCUACAAGCGCAAUCUGUCGCCGGACCGCUUUGGAGUCGACAUCGAUGAGGUGGACUCGGCGGUUUAAGCGUGCCGGUUGACGAGGGCCUGCACUGCGCCGCGCUACGAGGGUGUGUGUGUGUGUUGGGGGGGGGGGGGGGGUGCGUGUUUGUUUGUGUGGUUGGUGGGUAUGUUUGUGUGUGGGUUUGUGUGCAUGUGUGUUUGUGUUGUGUGCGUGUGUUUGUGUGUGUGUGUGUGUGUGUGUGUGUGUGUGUGUGUGUGUGUGUGUGUGUGUGUGUGUGUACGUAUUCUACAUACUGUAGUACUUCUCGUACACGCUGGUCACGUUAUGCGCGAUAUAUCCCGUUUGUUACUGGCUUGCGUUCGUUGUAAUUAUCAUUAUUUGCUUUUUGUGUUUGUGCAACUUUUAGUGUGCCGGUUAUCCUUGAUGUACUGUAAUGUUUUUUUUUAUUCUUCAAAAAUGACGUCCUGGCUUGCAAGUACUCAUAUGGUGUGCCUGCAAGUAAGGCGUGUCUCUUGAUCAGUUUACCAACAUCAGUGUAUAUUUAUGCGGCAACAACGCAAGGCGGCGUUGGACGUAUUUCCGCCUGUGGGGCCACGUUCAGCCUCUGAAUAUCUGGCUUCCUAUUCUGCUUUUUGUUGUUGUUGUUGUUGUUGUUGUUGUGCCUGUGAGGUUUUCGACUAACUGUAUGUGCCCGUUGUAUGGUGUGCCUUGGCUUGUCAUUGCACUUGCCAUCCCGGCACACAAUCCCAGUGCUGAUUUCAUGUUGUAUUCCCCAAGCGCUCGCUCGCCCGCAGUAACGAACUAAUGCCCGCAGUAGGAACAGAACAACAGCUCGCCCCUAGCAACAGCACGAGCGGAGGUAGCAGCAGCAGCACCAGCAGCAGCGGAGACAGCGAAGCAGCGUCCUUCCCUGGCCAUUUUCAGAAUACGACGUCUAUUAUAAGUGCCUUGCUGCUCAAGGUGCAGUCGAUUCCGACAUUUCAAGAUGCAGUGUUGGUUGCAGUACGUCUGUGUCUACCGUCCAAUGUGUCUGUGUCUACCGUCCAAUGCGUCUGCGUCUGCUAUCCAAUACGUCUCUGUAUAUUGUCCAUCACGUCUGAAGUUAAAUCCUGCGCUUACGAUACCUUCAUUGCAGCCGUGAUCGUGCAAUUUGAAUCAAGAUUGCACGCAUUCCCAUAAUUAUAUUAGUGACAGCGGCAUUAUUAUUACCCUAUAAUGUGAUAUCCUUUUCACGAUCCUUUCAUGCUCGUGAUUGUUAGAGAGAGAGCGUGUUCGGGGCCGUACUGUGUACGUUUUGUGUAUUUUCGACGUUCUUUAUAAUAGUCAUUGUAUAUGUGUGCCUUUGCAUCUGUGCUUCGAAAACAUGUUUGACAGAAAGCAUUGAAAAUUGA